GGUGGCGUUUGUGCUGGGUGCCACCAGACGGAGAUCAUCCAGCGAUGGGUAGUGAUGGAGGCUCCAAACCGCCGUCUCUUGCGUAGCUCUCAUCGGAGUGCAGCGCGUAAACACUUUUGAGCGACGUGACUUUGGCGAGUUUCUGAGCACAGACGACAUACAGCUACUUCGCGUCAGGAGCCGAUCCAUGCGGCGAGUCGUCUUCGCCUACCUGUUGUCGGGCGUGGUCUCCUCCAUCGUGUACGUCGCCACACCUAUCAACGCUGACGGACUGCCGUUGCGCCUGGCGCUGCCAUACGACUCUUCGCGCCCUCUCACCUUCGCGGCCACGUGACUCUACUCUGCCUACAUCGUCUUCUGUAUGGUCAUAGUGACCAUGGCUGCUGACUCCUUCAACGUCAGCCUAAUGGUUCAGCUGCGGGACCAACUCGAUUUGCUCAACAGAAAUCUUCGCUGCCUAAACGACAGAACCUCUCGUAUGAAAUCUUCUUCGCUCCAGACUCUCUCUACGACAGAUGUAGAGCACACAGAAGAUCUAAUCCUCGACGUUCACUAUCGGCUCCGAAAGAGCAUCAUUCAUCAUCAAGCAAUCAUAAGGAAUGUUACGCUACUAGAGCAGUGCUUGGGCCGGAUGUUACUGGGACAAAGCCUCUCCCUUGGGACAUCUUUCUGCUUGCAGCUGUUCCAGGCCGCAAAGAGGGCUAAGGGUGUGCAUGAACUUGGUAAGGCUGGCAGCUACCUGAUGCCAGUAUUCUCAGCGCUGUUUAUGUACUGCUGGUUCGGGGACGAUCUUAUUUCGGAGAGUGAAAAAGUUGCGCUCUCGGCAUACGACGCAGUGCCGUCACUGGAGGAAUGCCCCACGUCCACCAAACGGUCCCUGCUGAUUCUAAUGCACAGAGCCCAGCAGCCACUACGUGUAACUGCUGGUGGCUUCUUCUCUCUCUCCAGGGAGUCAUUGGUGUCGGUUUUAAAUGUGUCUUAUUCAUUCUUCACAAUUCUUCGUAACUUCAAGGAUGAUUAGAAGUGUCUGACGUCUGCCUGCAACUUUCCUGCGACUAAGUU